AUGUCGCUUUUUGUAAUCAAUUUCUAUGUUACCGUCAACCUGUGCCAGAUGUACAAGAAGCAAAUAGAGAUGAACGAGAUUUUCGUGACUUCAAUCAACGAAAUUGGAAACGGACUUGAAGACCAAGCAAAGCAUCUGCUCAGCGUCAACGACGUCGUCGCCAACUUUGUCAGCAAGUACAGUUCAGCACUUCAAAUCUUAGAAUACUGA